UGACACUAUAUUUAUUGAGCUCUCACAGGGCACCAGGCCUCCUUCAGAGCAUUCCACGUGUUCAAAACACUUUUGUGUCAUCAUCACACCAGCUCCUCAGAGCAACCUUGAGAGGUUGGCGGAGUGACUGUGCUCUCUCUCAAUAACUCUGAGUUGGUCCUUGUUUGACAGAUACGCAAACCGAGCUGGGAGCGGUGAGGCGUAGUUUGCUCUUCUCCCUGGACUAGGGCAGAGUUGGCCUGGUGUCCUUUCCACCACCCCAGUCAGAAUCCCCCCAGUUCAAGGCUCUAUGGAGGCCAAGGGUUAUGAGGCAUCACAUCAGUCCUUGAUCCUGGGAAAUGGAGCGUAUAAAUGUGCUUUCUUUAUGGAUCCACUCCACUGACCAAGAGCAUAUCCCAUUGCUUUCAAAUAUAAGGGAGCCUCUCGUCCUCUCAAAGGAAUCCCGAACCUCUGUUUGAAGAGUCUUCCCUCAGAGAUGGCGCCAAGCAGGAAGAUGUUUUAUUUUGUCUUUGCCUUUUUCUUCAUUUUGGCUCAAUUUCCACCAGGGUGCCAGGCAGGACUCAAGUAUGCCCAGCCACUUCCAGCAGGUGACUUUGCUCCUUGCGAGCCAUGCAGGCUCGGCCGGGGCAAAUGCAGGAAGAUGUGCGCGGAGGACGAGAAGAUUGUUGGGAAUUGCAAGGUGAACUUUUUCUGUUGCCGACGGAGGGUCCAGUAA